AUGUCUCGAACUGCUCAAACCGGCAGGCGGCAUAAUGCCCUCGAAAAUGACCUCCUAGCGACCGGCCCGCUCAAGAACAAGGCGCCGAAGAGAAAAUCGAGGCACGAAGAAGAUGGUGGGGAGAAAUUCGUGGAUGCGAAAGCGUCGCGCAAAAUUUUGAGAAUUGGACAAGAGUUAGCGGCCGAAGACGAACAGGAACAGGGAAGCGGCGUAGCCAAAAAUACAGCGUUCGAUUUUGAGUCGAGGCUCGAGGACGAAGAUUUGUCGGACGAUGCGGGGCAAGAUGUUGCCGAGGAUUGGGGCGAUGAGGAUGAGAUCGUUGAAGAGAUAGAACUCGACCCAGAGGAUUUGGAGACCUACAGCAAAUUCUUCCCUACACAGGAGGAUCCGUUAUUGCGACAAGGUUGGGGCGGCGAGGCGGACGAUGACGAAGGUGGAGAGUCGACAAAUCUCGCUGAUCUGAUACUGGAGAAGAUUGCCGCGCACGAGGCAUCGCAGGGUGGACGUGGGGACGCACAGUUUAUGAAUGGCGCCGUCCCAGACGAGGACUUUGAAUUGCCUCCUAAGGUUGUCGAAGUGUACACCAAGAUCGGCUUCCUCCUUUCCCGCUACAAAUCUGGGAAACUCCCCAAGCCCUUCAAGAUUCUCCCUACCGUCCCCCACUGGGAAGAAAUUAUCCAGCUCACCCGCCCCGACAAAUGGACACCGAACGCCUGCUACGAAGCCACCAAGAUCUUCGUCUCCUCCACACCUCAAGUUGCCCAGAUCUUCAUGGAGCACAUCAUCCUCGAGCGCGUGCGCGAAGAUAUCCAGGAAACCAAGAAGCUCAAUGUGCAUUUAUUCAAGGCGCUCAAGAAGGGCCUGUACAAGCCGGCUGCGUGGUUCAAGGGAUUCCUCUUUCCUUUGGUGGGAGGUGGAAUGUGCACCUUAAGAGAGGCGCAUAUUAUCUCGGCUGUUCUCGCACGAGUUUCGAUCCCCGUGCUUCACUCUGCGGCGGCGUUGAAGGGACUCUGCGACAUCGCGGCGCAGGAGACGUCGCAAGGGACGGAGGGCGGUGGCGCAACAAAUAUCUUCAUCAAGACACUGCUCGAGAAGAAGUAUGCUCUGCCGUUCCAGGUCAUCGAUGCGUUGGUUUUCCACUUCUUGCGUUUCCGUGGCGAUCCUGUGCAAGGAUCGGGUGGGGAUAAGGUCUCAAAGUUGCCUGUUAUCUGGCAUCAGUGCUUGUUAUCGUUUGCGCAGAGGUAUAGGAAUGAUAUUACGGAGGAUCAGCGCGAGGCUCUGCUAGAUCUCUUAAUUACGAAGGGUCAUUCGGCGAUUGGACCGGAGGUGAGGAGGGAAUUGCUGGAAGGUAGAGGAAGGGGCGUGGCUAUUGAACCUGAGGGACCAGCAGGCAAUGGGGGUGAUGAUACCAUGAUGAUGGAUUAG